CAGCUCUAGAGGAGUGAGUGUGCCUGUGGAAAGAAGCGGUGAGGAGGAGAGCAGCGAGCCCUGUGUCUGGUUUCCUGCCGAUUCCUCGUUACUUCUUAACGCAGUUAGGCACUCAGCAAUUCAGGGGCAAGGAACGAGAGCGGGACUCGCCCACAGGGGGUAACUGAGCAGGGGGAAACCUCCUCGAGCUUCCCGUGAAGGGAAAUCGAGACUUGGGAAAACCAGGAGUGUGUGUUACAUCUAAUAGAAGGGAGUGCUAACACCAUACGAGAAGCGUUGGCUAAAACCGGCCAUCAUCGGUAGCAUAUUAGCCAACGGAAGAGGAGCCCCUCACCAGAGUUGGGAUAAUUAAAAACAAAAAAAAAAGAGGCCCCGUUGGUUCGACUGUCCGUCUCUGGGGAUUACUGUACAAGAGGGCUAUUUGACUGCAGGACAACUAAACGGCUAGAGUUGGACAAACCAAUGCCAAGCCGUUCGCCUCCUCAGACAGUCUAGCAAAGGUCCAGGAGGUAGCAAGCUGGCUUUUGGAAAUGAACCAGGAACUGCUGUCUGGGGGCAGCAAGAGGCGCCGGCCGGGUGGCUCUGUGCGAGGUAACGCCUCCUCCAACGGAGCAGCUCACGAGGGAGGAGAGGAGGAGGAGGAGGAAGAGGAGGAGGAGGAGGAGGAGGAGGACCACCACCACAUGGACAGAGUGGUGGAGGAGGAAGAGCAGCAGCCAUCAUCACAGGAAGGAAGGGACCAGUCUUCCGGGACUGGAGGGGGCAGCACAAGCAAUCGUGAAGUGGCAGCUGCUAGCAACGUCAAUGGCUCUGGAGACAACCCUGCACAGGAGGGCGCAGUAGCAGGACGAGAGGAGGAAGAGGAGGAGGAGGAGGAGGAGGAAGAGGAGGAGGAGGAGGAGGAAGUAGAGGAAGAGGUUCCCGAAGGAAAUGACAAUAUCUGCAGGGUCUUGGAGGAGGUUCCAGAUUUAGAGGAAAGGGCGGAAAGCCAUGCAUGCAAAGAAAAUGAGGAGGAAGAGGAGGGAGGAGAGCCUGAGGAUGAGGAGGAAGAUGAGGAGGAGGAGGAGGAUGAAGAGGAGAUGGACCAGGACAGUGAUGAUUUCGAGCAGUCCGAGGACAGUGGCAGGGAAGAGGAGUUGUCGGCACACAGAGACCCUGUUGAUAACGUGGACCGGACUUCAGCGCAGCAGCCGUCACCAUUCUUUAAGGCAAAGAUGAAGAGAAAGAUGGACCAUGGCCCAGAGGUCCGGUCUUUUCCUUUAGGGAAGAAGCACUGCAAAGGCUCAGAGUACACAAGCAGUACAGGGCUGGUUCCAUAUUCAGCCACACCCACCACCUUCGGUGACAUUAGGGCAGCAAAUGGACAAGGGCAACAUCGGCGCCGGAUCACAUCAGUCCCGCCUCCUACUGGACUUCAGGAAUGGCUCAGGACAUUUCAGAGCUGGAGUGGACCAGAGAAGCUGCUUGCAUUGGAUGAGCUUAUAGACAGCUGCGAGCCGACGCAAGUGAAACACAUGAUGCAAGUGAUUGAGCCGCAGUUCCAGCGAGACUUCAUCUCCCUUUUACCGAAAGAGCUGGCACUCUAUGUGCUCUCAUUCCUGGAACCCAAGGACCUGCUGCAAGCGGCUCAGACCUGCCGCUACUGGCGCAUCCUCGCCGAGGACAACCUGCUGUGGAGGGAGAAGUGCAGGGAGGACGGUAUAGAUGAGCCCCUGCACAUCAAGAGGAGGAAAUUGAACAAACCCGGCUUCACACACAGUCCCUGGAAAAGUGCUUACAUCAGGCAGCACAGAAUAGACACAAACUGGCGAAGAGGAGAACUUAAGUCACCCAAGGUGCUUAAAGGUCAUGACGAUCAUGUGAUCACAUGCCUUCAGUUCUGUGGUAACCGAAUAGUCAGUGGUUCAGACGACAACACGCUUAAAGUCUGGUCAGCAGUCACAGGAAAGUGUUUAAGAACGUUAGUCGGACAUACGGGUGGUGUCUGGUCAUCCCAAAUGAGGGACAAUAUUAUCAUCAGUGGCUCAACAGACCGGACGCUGAAAGUAUGGAAUGCAGAGACCGGGGAAUGUAUCCACACACUAUACGGGCAUACCUCUACUGUCCGCUGCAUGCAUCUUCACGAAAAAAGGGUGGUGAGUGGCUCCCGGGACGCCACGCUCAGAGUCUGGGACAUCGAGACAGGCCAGUGUUUACACGUCCUGAUGGGCCACGUGGCAGCAGUGCGGUGCGUUCAGUACGAUGGCAGGAGAGUGGUGAGCGGAGCUUACGACUUCAUGGUGAAAGUGUGGGAUCCUGAGACCGAAACCUGCCUGCACACACUUCAGGGACACACCAACAGGGUCUACUCAUUACAGUUUGAUGGCAUCCAUGUAGUAAGUGGUUCUCUAGACACCUCAAUCCGUGUUUGGGAUGUGGAGACAGGAAACUGCAUUCACACGUUAACAGGACAUCAAUCAUUAACAAGCGGGAUGGAGCUCAAGGACAACAUUCUGGUCUCAGGCAACGCUGACUCCACCGUCAAAAUCUGGGACAUCAAAACAGGACAGUGUUUACAGACGCUGCAAGGCCCCCAUAAACACCAGAGUGCUGUGACUUGCCUACAGUUCAACAAGAACUUUGUAAUAACCAGCUCGGAUGACGGGACUGUGAAACUGUGGGACCUGAAAACGGGCGAGUUCAUCCGCAACCUGGUGACGCUGGAGAGUGGGGGCAGCGGUGGGGUGGUGUGGCGGAUCCGGGCGUCCAACACCAAGCUGGUGUGCGCAGUGGGCAGCCGCAAUGGCACCGAGGAGACGAAGCUGCUUGUGCUGGACUUUGACGUGGAUAUGAAAUGAUGGCCAAGAGAGCAAGACAAGGUCUUGAAGUGUGUCCGCGCGUUACAUAAAUACAGUUCACCCCCUCCCCUCGCAUCACCCACCCCCCAAACCCCCCACUCACUCCUGGGCUGUUGGUGGAAGAGGAUGCUGGUGUGGGGCAGCAUGACACAGCGGUGAAGACUUGUAAACUGACGGGAAGGGGAGCAGAAGAGGGAGGACGAUGAUAACUGACAAACAGGCACACGUGCUGUCAUCACUUGUGUGACUUCCCUUUUUGACUUGGGGCAGCUCAGCACAGAGAGACUUGUUUACUCAAGCCUGGUGCAACCUUAUAUUUUUUUGUUUUUCAUGUAAACAGGCCACCAAUUAAUGGACUAUCUGCUGUAUACACAAGUUAAUAGUUGUCAUGUAAGAAAUGUUAUAUAGUGUAAAAAAAAAAAAAAAUUAAAAAAAAAAAGAAUGAAAAAAAAGCCAAGAACUGGUCAACUUUCAAACCAGGGGGCAUCUGCCUCAGUUAUAUAUAUUUUGUUGUUGUUUUUCUGUCUUUUGUUUCCUGGUUUGAAAACUGAAAGAAAAAAAAAGAAAACUUACUGUGAAUUGUAGUUAUUUUGUAUAUUUUGAUCAAUACAAUGAAACCUUUUGCCUAAUGUUGCCAACAACAAUCAGUCACAGUAUUAACCUCUGUUUCUCUCUCUGUCUCUAUCCACUCUUACGCUUUUGUUUUAAUUGGGUUUAUUGCUCCGCAAAGGCAAGCUGUUCUGAGUUUUUCAACGUGUACGGCUGGGUUAGUUCCUCAACGCUGGU